AUGGGCAUCUCCAAGACCUUCCUGCUCGGCCUCCUUGGCAUCGGGCUCUGCCUGACAGGCUCCCAAGCCCUACAGUGCUACAGCUUCCAACACACCUACUUCGGGCCCUUCGACCUCAGCGCUGUGACACUUCCCAGUGUCUCCUGUCCUCAGGGGUGCUCUGAGGCGAUGCUGUUGCUGGAUACUGGGUACCGCUCCCUGGUGACAAUUGUCCGGAAGGGAUGCUGGACCGGCCCCACCACCGGCCCCAUGCAGUCCAACCAGGACGCGCUGCCUCCGGACUACGCGGUGGUCCGCGGCUGCGCAACAGACUUCUGCAACACCCAACUCAAGAACCACGAUAGCCUCCCCAACCUGAGCCAAGCACCGGACCCGCCGACGCUCAGUGGCACCGAGUGCUAUGCCUGCUUGGGGACCCGCCCCGAAGACUGCUCCCCUGAGAGGUCCCGUCGAGUCCAGUGCCACCAGGACCAGAGCGUCUGUUUCCAGGGCAAUGGCCAGAUGAACAUUGGCAACUUCUCGGUGCCCGUGUACAUCCGGACCUGCCACCGGCCCUCCUGCACCACCAUGGGCACCACCAGCCCCUGGACGUCCAUCGACCUUCAGGGCUACUGCUGCGAGGGCCACCUCUGCAACAGGGACUCGGUGACACAGACCCUCCCCGGCGUCCCGUCCCCGGCCCCUCCCCGGGCUCCCCGAAUCCUGACCCUGCUGCUUGUUGCUCCACUGCUGGCCAUCGCUCUGGGGGGGUUCCUUGGGCUCACCGCAUAGACAGCGCCUCCAGCAUCGCCUCGCUUCUCAUCACUCCAGCCCCUAGUGUGGGCCUCCCUUUUUAAAAAUGGCGUCAAAAUAAGAGCCUCACUCCUGUCCCUCCAGCCCCAACCUUCAUCCCUCUACCCAUCCUUCCUGGCCCCACUGGCCCCACCUCCUGAAGGCGCAUUUAUCUGGGAACUAAUCAACGCAUUGAGCGAGGCCCCUUAAAAUCCACCCCUGCCCAUCAGGCCUUCAACACGCGAGCCUUCUGUGAUACCUCACAGCCAAAUCACGCCACUCACCUUACAAACUCAUUUCUCACAACGGUGGUGGCAAUCCCAGCACCCAAGGGGCUGAGGCAGGAGGAUCACUACUUCCAGGCCAAGCUGGACUACACUGCAAGUCUAGGUCCAGCCUUGAGCUACACUGUGAGACCCUGUCAGGCGGUGGUGGCGCACACCUUUAAUCUCAGCACUCCAGAGGCAGAUGCAGGUGGAUCUUUGAGUUUGAGCUCAACCUGGUCUACAUAGUGAGUUCCGGGACAGCCAAGACUACAUAGUGAGACCCUAUUUCAAAAGAAAGGAAGAGGAGAGAGAGAGAGAGAGAGAGAGAGAGAGAGAGAGAGAGAGAGAGAGAGAGAGAGAGAGAGAGAGAGAGCGCAAAACCCCUGCUUUUCAGUGUCUCUAAAGCAGAACUGGCAUCCAUACUACACCCCAGCAGUGCCACUCUUGGGUGUACCACCUCAACAGAAAUUGGUUCAUAUGCUCCCCCAAACUAUGUAGACUAGUAGGACAGUUCACAGUAGCCACAAACUGAAAACAACACAAAUAAAUAUGAACAGCCGAAUGACAUGAGGAGGUUAUGAUCCAGUCACACAAUGGAGUACUACACAGCAAUGAAAAAUGGCAGCUGAUGGUUACCUGCCGUGGCCUUGGAAGAAUCUCGCAAAAGUAGUGUUGAGCAAAACAGUGAAAACACACCGUAGAGCAGGUUAUAUGAUUCCAUUCAAAAUAAAGUAUAAAUGUUGUUUAAAAACCAGUGUGUGCCAUUAGCAGUCAGAAGAGUGAUUAUCUUUGGGGACAAGUGACCAGAAGAGGGAAUAUGAGGUGUUUGGAGGUCUAGACAUUGAGUUAUGGGAUCUAAGAACUCACUGACGCAUUUUUUGCACUUUUCACUAAACUUCCUGUUGUUUUGGAAAAAGGUCUCAAGUAGCCCAGGCUGGCCUCCAACUCAUUGCAUAGCCUAGGAUGACCCUGAAUUCCUGGUCCUCCUACCUCGACCUGUCAGAUGCUGGGAUGACAGAUUCAAGCCAUCAUACCUGCCCUUUCUCAUCUUUCCACAUGUAUAUUAUUUGCAAUAAAAGGUUUUAAAAAUA